AUGGGCUAUUUAUUGGGCCUUUUUCAAUUGGUUUGUUGGGCCGAUUGGGCUACAUUUUCUCAAGACAGUGCUAAUGAAGAACCCUGCGAGUAUGUUACAGUUAAAGAGGUCAUUCUCAAAUUCAGAGUUUCUUCUUCGAACCAGAUACCGCAAGUUCAGACUCAACAACAAGUGAAGAUAGUAAAGAAGAAAAAGAACAGUCACAGACCAAGCUUCUUUCAUCAAAUUCAGGAUAAAUGGUCCCACAAAUUCGGGUCCCAAAGAGAAAAGUUCCCAUGGCAAGAAUCCCAACACGAGGAGGAACAACAACAACAUCAGCAACAACAACAACAACCACCGCCACAUAAAGAAGAAGAAAAGCGUGAGAAGCUGCAGAAUAAGGAAAAGCAUCCAGCAUCGAAUUUUCAGUUUCCGAAGCGAUUUUCGCCUUGGCCGCAAGCCAAAAACCCGAGCAAUGCAUGGUUUGAGUCUGAAUCCGAUGAUUUCGAGGACGAGAAGGACAAUGAGGGUGUCAAAGGUAAAGCGUUGCAACACAAUUCUGGUGGUUCUGUUGGUGAAGAGAGAAAGGGACUGGUGCGUAAGGUUUCAAAUGUAUCAGAGAGAGUGAAUGGGGCGAGGAAAAAAGGCAGAAGCAACACGGUGUUGGCGGAAAGGACGAUUCCUGAACAUGAGUUGCGGAGGCUGAGAAAGAUUGCUCUGAGGACGAUAGAGAGGUUCGAUGUUGGAGUGAAGGGCAUCACGCAGGAUUUGGUGGCUUCCGUUCACCAAAAAUGGAGGGAUAGUGAAGUUGUGAAGUUCAAGUUUGGUAUUCCUCUUUCUACUCACAUGAAAAAGGCUCAUCAACUUCUAGAGAGUAAAAUUGGGGGCAUAGUGAUAUGGCGAUCAGGCAGUUCCAUAGUAUUGUAUCGGGGAAUGACCUACAAGCUUCCCUGUGUUGAAUUGUAUAAGAAAGUGAAUCAUGCUAAGGAGAAUGCUGUGGAUAGCUCACUACAUGUUGGGAGUGGAAGUGAUGGUGAUGCGAGUGUCAAUGAAACAGUUGAAAUUACAGAGUUGUUUACCCAAGACCCUGAAGAGUAUUUGAAGGACAUGAGUGAAGAAGAAAUGAUGGAAAUGUGCGACGUCAACCAUUUGUUAGAUGAGUUAGGUCCACGUUUCAUAGAUUGGACUGGCCGUCAACCAUUGCCUGUUGAUGCAGACUUGUUGCCUGCUGUGGUUCCAGGAUAUAAAACCCCAUUCAGACUUCUUCCCUAUGGAUUAAGGCCUUGUUUAACCAACAAGGAAAUGACCAACUUCCGUAGGCUUGCAAGAACAACAGCUCCGCACUUUGCCCUUGGCAGAAACAGAGAUUUACAAGGUUUGGCUAGUGCUAUGGUGAAGCUGUGGGAAACAAGUGCUAUUGCUAAAAUUGCCAUCAAACGAGGUGUUCCCUUUACAAAUAAUGACAGGAUGGCAGAAGAAAUUAGGAAAUUGACUGGGGGAACUCUACUUUCCAGAAAUAAAGAAUAUAUUGUAUUUUACAGAGGUAAUGACUUCUUGCCUCCUGUUGUAACAAAUACACUGAAUGAGAGACAUAAACUAACCCUCCUCCAACAAGAAGAGGAAGAGAAAGCACGACAAAUUGCUUCAUCUAUUACUGUAUCAAAAACCAAAGCGGCUCAAGUGCCAUUAAUCGCGGGCACCCUUACUGAGACUAGGGCUGCAACCACCAACUGGGGAAACCAACCAAAUAAGCAAGAAAUUGAGAGCAUGUUAAGAGAUUCUGCCUUGAGUAAACUUUCUGCUUUGAUAAAAAACCAUGAGAAGAGACUAGCUUUAGCAAGAGCAAAGUUCAAUAAGGCUGAGAAGGCCAUAGCAAAAGUUCAGUGUGAUCUGGACCCAGCUGACAUUCCUAAAGAUUUGGAAACAAUAACUAAUGAAGAGAGAUUUUUAUUCAGGAAGAUUGGUAUGAGCAUGAAACCAUAUUUACUUUUAGGGAGGCGAGAUGUUUAUGCUGGCACCAUUGAAAACAUGCACCUACACUGGAAAUAUCGUGAGGUGGUAAAGCUGAUUGUAAAAGGAAGAAAUUCUGCCCAAGUCAAGCAUAUCGCAAUAUCUUUGGAAGCAGAGAGUGGAGGGGUGCUAGUGUCUAUAGAUAAGGACAACAGAGGCCACCAUAUAAUUAUUGUGUAUCGUGGGAAGAACUAUUUCAGUCCGCAUGUUGUCAGACCCAAAAACUUGUUAACACGACGACAGGCAAUGGCUCGAUCUGUUGAGCUUCAAAGACGAGAGGCUCUAAAACAUCAUAUCUCUGACUUAGAGGAGAGACUUGGGUUGCUGAAAUCUGAGCUGGAGGAUAUGAAGAAUGGGAAGGAGAUUGAUGAUAGCACAACUCUGUACUCAACACUGGACAAUCCUGUUUCCUCUGACGAUGACUUGGGAGAGAUUGAAUUGAGUGAGAUUUAUUUUAGCGAAGAUGGCAGUGGUGAUGAGAAUAAGAAACAUCAAAAUACUUGA